UUUCGCAAUCCGCUCCUCUCCAUGUUCCAAACAAAAACACUCAGAGCUCAGACAGACGGAAUUAAACUCCAACUUUCUACCUUAACUUUUCCUGCUUUGACGGAUGGUCGACUCCACCGCCACCCUGUGAAGGCUCUGUUCAGGUGAAGCAUCUCAUCUUCUUCUUGCUGUUACUGUUUCAUCUCUACACCUGAGGAGACUCCGGUCAGAGAUCAGCACCUUGCAGGCAGCACAUCCAAAUGAGCCGGCCGUCUCAGCCGAAACUAACCGCAUCUGACCACAACGGCGUGAGCGUCAUCCAGAGCCAGGCCCACGCCUCCUCCUCCUCGUCUCUGCCGGCAGCUGUAGCCGGACUGCAGCAGGUCCCCCAGCUUGUCCCCGCCAACCCUUCAGCCGGAGGCGGCAAAGCCCUCCCCCCCAGCAAGAUGAAGAAACCUCCAGCAGACAAGGACAGCGAGGAGUACCGCCAGCGCCGCGAACGCAACAACCUAGCGGUGAAGAAGAGCCGCAUGCGCAGCAAGCAGAAGGCGAUGGACACGCAGCAGCGCGUCAACGAGCUGAAGGAGGAGAACGAGCGGCUGGAGGCCAAAAUCAAACUGCUGAGCAAAGAGCUGAGCGUGCUCAAAGACCUCUUCCUGGAGCACGCCCACAACCUGGCCGACAACGUGCAGCCGCCGGCGGGGGCAGAGGGCUCCAGCCCCGCCCCCAACAACACCUCCACCAAUGGGCAGUGAGGGUGGCGGGGGCACAUGGACGUUUGGUAUCUGCAGCUUUUCUGGAAACUUUGGAAACGUGACCUCACAUCUUCUUCACUGCUUCUCUUUGGUUUAUUAUUUUAUCUUAUUUAAGCCAGUGCCAGCACCACACAUCCACCAGAGUGUCCACCAGAACGUCCACUAGAAUGUCCACCAGAAUGUCCACCAAGGAAAACUCCACAGGAAACAUGCAGUUAUAUAAAUAUGGGAUAGUUGAGUGUUUUAUUUAUAAAAUCCAGUCAAAUUUGAACGGAAAGACUUUUAAAGUGAAAACCAGUUCCAGUUCCUGUUAAUUGGAUGAUAACUUGUAAAUUUGGUCUCAUUCAGACUCUGUCCCGGAAAAGUCUCUGGACUGUGACAGAAGGUGACCCUGAUCCACCAGAACAAACCGAUUCAUGUGAGAAAGCAAACAGACUGAAAGGUCGGGAUGUGUCGAUGAUCCAUCGAUCGAUUAGAGAAAUGUGAGGAGACACGAACUCCUACAAACUGAAUUCACCUGCAGUGAAUCAGGCAAAGUGGACCAGCAGGAAGCAGAUCACGUGUCCUGUGCUUCCUCUUCCUGUGGGCUGGUUUUAAACCUGCUUAAUCCGGGUUCUGACUGGCUGGACGUGGACUGACUCUCUGCGCUUCCUCGGCUACAGGAUGAAGAUGUAAAUUCGUAAAUUCCCUUUUUUAGGAUGUGUAUUUUCUUCUGUCGUUCUACAAAGAGGAUUUUUGUUGUACUUUGAUUCACUACAUGUUGAUGUUUAAGGACAUUUCUGGUUUUUACUUCACUCUCUCAGUUUACUCCCUUAGCUUUCACUUCACACACGACGGGUUUGAGCCGUCAGUCAGAGACAAAUAAAAAAGUUAAAGGAGCCUCUGUUUUCCAGCCUGGGUCACCCUGUCAUCACUGAGGCUCAUACACCUGCAGGUGAACUCACCUGUCAUUGAACACGAGCGGUCCAGGAGGGAACGUGAGCCUUAAACAGGAGCCCUGUCCUGGAAAACCUGGAACACUGAACUCCAUCUCUGAAACAGAGCAGAACAUUCACCGGAGACACAGGACAUGAGGACAUGUAUGUGGACAAAAAAAAAAGAUACUGUUGUCAUGGUUAUUUUUAACGAACAUCAUCUCAGAGUCUUAUUCCCCGUCUGUUAGUGAGACCUGCUCCAACCUGCUGGGUCUCUGAUAUGUUUCUGAUGUUUGAGCCUCCGUCAGCGUUGCAUGUUUCCUUUGACACCGUCUGAGGAGUCCUGACGUCAUAUCCCUGAAACCUGGGCUGAGGGGUCACACAUCGCCCUGCUGAGGGCUGAGUCACUGAAAAGGUCCUGGAAAAAGAUUCUGAUAAAAAAGCAAGAACCCUGGUACAGCAGGUCUCUCCAGGAAAGCCCCUCUGAGCAGCUCGGCCCAGCUCGGCCUGCAGGAGCUGUGCAGUGUAACUGUUCAUCUGCUGAUCAAUAACUGAUCGGUUAUCUGAUUAACAGAUGAAUCAUUGUUCUGUUUAGUUGGACCAUCAGUCUGAAACCCAAAGCUCAGAGCUCUGGUUUCACGUCACCGUGUUAAAGAGCCGAGUUUCCAGGCUGUUGAGUGUCUGUGGACAUGUCCCAGGAACACUGGUGUCUCUGUGGACAUGUCCCAGAGACACCAGGUGUUCACCUUUACCUCUCACACAGUUUCCUCGGUCUGAGGUCUGAAGUCCUCGUUACGCCGUCUCAGCAGAGACGCUGGAACCAGAUGACGUUGGCCACAAAAAUGCCGAUCAGACCCAGGCUGUGUUUAAAAAUAGAGAUCUGCUGGGGUAAUCCUUCACACCCCGCCCGGCCCUCCGCCCCUCACCUCCACCUGGCAGGGACUCCCGGUCCAGACAGGUGUGUGUCUGUGUGUUCAGUGUGUGUUUGUGGUGCUGGGCGGACCCAGACACUUCAGACGAGCCGCAGCUUAAAUUAAAUUGAGUUUGAACCUGGGCCGGGUCGUUAGCCAUCUGCUAAUGAGGUCUGAGCAGAUCAGGACAGGCCCCGCCGCGGCCCUGCCCCGUCAGCACGCCGUGAGUGGGGUGGGGCGGGGCCGCAGCAUGUUGUUGUUGUCAGACUUUAUAAUUAUGUGAGCUUUGUGUGGGUGUGGAGUGUUUGUCUGUCAGGAGCUUCACCUCCCUGCAGGAAUGUUGUUGUAUGUCUGAGUCCUGCUGUUGCUCCUGAGCUGCUCAGCUCAGCGUUCCCACAGCGUUCCCACAGCGUUCCCACAACGUUCCCACAGCGUUCCCACAGCGUUCCCACAGCGUUCCCAUCACAGUGCGACACUGUAAACAGCUCUGACCGGGACGUUGUGCGCUCAUGUUCCUUCAGUGCAGAGCGGGGCCGUAGGCCUGGAAGGUCUAACCAGCUUUUUCAAACUGCAGCUGAUCACUGUGAGGUUCAGAGGUGUCUCAGUGUCUUCAGGACAUGGACACUGAGUCUUCAGUGAAACAAACACAUGAGAACAGAGACCACACACCCCAUCACAGGGAUGUGUGUGUGUUAAACUGAAGCCUGACUCACUGACGACAGCAGUUCUGUUCUGUUCUGUUUACCGUGUUUGAACUCGUCACACACGAGACGGAACGUGAGAACGUGAGGACGUUUCCCGCUCGCUGGGUGAGCCUCGCCGAGCGCAGCCUUCAUCUUUUUCACUUUUCUAGGGUUUGUUUUUCUACACUUUUCGUCCAAUCAGCAGCAUGUUUAUAGAGACGUCUUUGCAUGAGGGGGGAGGAGCGUGUGUCUCAGCUCCUGACUCGGAGUGGGUGCGGAGGCAGAUGUGAUUGUGUCGUGCUGUUUUCUGUGAAAUGACGCGUCGGGAUGUGUGUCGCCCGUAGCUUUGGCCUGAAUGUUGCUGGGCAGCAUUUCUCUGUCACUGUCUCUCAGCUUUUUUAUAUCACAGGAUUCUGGGGUAACGUGCAUUGUAAAUUAAAAUUGAGUAUAAAAGUU